AUGGUCCGAAUAAGUCAUGCUGCAUCGUAUUUCAUGCCAUUGUUCUGCUCAUCGCAGCCAUAUGUGGUAUUGGUGGCUUGUAUAACGACGACAGGAAUCUUUGUGGCUUUUUAUAUGAGUUCUUAUCUGUUGGCGAAACAGUAUGAUGAUCCGGGAUUGUUUAAACCGGUGGCCCAGGACUACUUUCGAACUUCGUUGUUAGGUGUAUUCUCUCCGAUCCUUUAUUAUUUUGUCAAGACUUUUCUGUUCAAUGUCAAUAGACGUUAUUUGAUUCUGAAUUUACUGAUAGAUUUCCCAUUAAAUGACUGGUUCAUUUUGUUUAUUAUUGUAUGUUUGGCGUACCCACAGCAAGAGCAAACUAGCCCUGGAGAAUCAUAUAAUUUGUGGCAUAUUAUACCGAGACAGUCCUAUAUUUUUGGGCUUGCAUGGGCCCUUGGAGAGUUUAUCAUUUGCGUUACUGGUAACCUCUUCAAUUACCAGGAAUUAGAUACCAAUCCCGGAGAACCUCUACAGCCGGAUUCUGAUGUAAGGGAUAACAUCACAUUGGCGAAAUGCGUUGGGUUGAGAAGUAUUUCCUCCACUAUUUCUCAGAAUGUUUACUGUGCAGAUUAUGGGUCUAUAAGAAAGCCUGUUGAUGAUACUGUCGUGAUAGAUCCAACAGACAACUCUAUGAGGAUGACCUCUGCAGAUGACGAUGAGGAACAACUAAAAGAUGCGAACGAUUGGAGAGCUACGGAUGCUCAAUUGAUUUCGAGAACUUUCGCCCCAAUCAAGACGAAAAAGGAGUUAUUCAUUGAAGUAUCAUUACUCUUUCUAGUUCUCACAAGCAAUAUACUCCUAACCAUUGGUGAAUCCCUCAUUUUCUGCAUCUUCUUCAUCUAUAUGCCCCACCAUGAGGAGUUGUUCACUAAAGUGGUCAAUUAUUUCGGCAACAAGAGUCUCAGGUUCUUCUUAUUCACAGUACUUAUACCAUUCACAACCGCGAACCUACUUGUAAACACCAUGAUUUACCUGUGGAAUGACAUAGACGAAUGGUUUAACCAUUCGCCGGAGACUUCUCCCAACCCAGUAGCCGACGACUAUACCAAUUUCUACGAGUCGGACCUUUCAUUACAAAGAUCAGCAAACUCCUUCGCGGAAGAAAACCAACCAACGCUCAUGUUGAUGUCUUCACCAUCAGAAUUACACUACUACAAUAAUAACACCGGUUCUGAGAAUUACGAUACAGAUUCCUUGAAAAUACUGGUCAUCGCCAAGGAUGUUAUCAACGCUUGGCGAUCUGCCGCAAGAAAAGACUCCUUUGUGCUAUCCAUAAUGUUUAUCUGGGGGGUUACAGUGUUUUUAACAGGUUUAAUCAGCACAGUACUAGGAUAA